UUUUUUAGCGAGGCGGUUUGGCGCUAGCACCGCGAACCUAAGAGAUUUUUUUGGCUUAUAACGUCGGCCACCCACCCACCUUCUGCUCCUCUCCCACCAACAACACACUCAAACAAAACCAACUGCAAAACAUACCCCUAGAUACCCCUUCGAUUCUCGCGCAGAGGAUCUGGUAUCUAGUUUUUCCCACACAAGUUUCGACACCAGCGGCGGUAUCCAGAGGAUCCUCCGUUUCACCCCGCCACGACCUUUUUUCCGACUACGGUGCAGCGCCAGUAGUCGCCCGCGUAUAACUCGCAAUCAUGGCUGAUAAGGGUCUUGAGGAUGUGCCUGAGGGCCAGAUCGAGUCCAACUACGAUGAGACCACGGACUCUUUCGAUUCCAUGAACCUGAAGGCUGAACUCCUCCGUGGCGUCUACGCCUACGGUUUCGAGCGCCCCUCUGCUAUCCAGCAGCGCGCCAUCAUGCCCGUUAUCAAGGGCCACGAUGUCAUUGCGCAGGCCCAGUCUGGUACCGGUAAAACGGCUACCUUCUCCAUCUCGACCCUCCAGAAGAUCGACUCCAACAUCAAGGCCUGCCAGGCGCUGAUCCUCGCCCCCACCCGCGAGCUUGCACAGCAGAUCCAGAAGGUCGUUGUUGCCAUCGGUGACUUCAUGGACAUCCAGUGCCACGCCUGCAUUGGCGGCACCAGCGUCCGUGACGACAUGAAGGCCCUCCAGGACGGUCCCCAGGUCGUUAUCUACGACAUCUUCCAGCUUCUGCCCCAGUCCACCCAGGUCGUCCUCCUGUCCGCCACCAUGCCCCAGGACGUCCUCGAGGUCACCACCAAGUUCAUGCGUGACCCCGUCCGUAUCCUUGUCAAGAAGGAUGAGCUCACUCUCGAAGGUAUCAAGCAGUUCUACAUCGCUGUCGAGAAGGAGGACUGGAAGCUCGACACUCUGUCCGACUUGUACGAGACCGUCACCAUCACCCAGGCUGUCAUCUUCUGCAACACCCGCAGGAAGGUCGACUGGCUCACCGACAAGCUCACUGCUCGCGACUUCACCGUCUCCGCCAUGCACGGUGACAUGGACCAGGCCCAGCGUGAUGUCAUCAUGAAGGAGUUCCGAUCCGGUUCUUCCCGUGUUCUCAUUGCCACCGAUCUCCUUGCCCGUGGUAUCGACGUCCAGCAGGUCUCGCUUGUCAUCAACUACGAUCUGCCCGCCAACCGUGAGAACUACAUCCAUCGCAUCGGCCGUGGUGGACGUUUCGGACGUAAGGGUGUUGCCAUCAACUUCGUCACCGCUGAUGAUGUCCGCAUGAUGCGCGAAAUUGAGCAGUUCUACAGCACACAGAUCGAGGAGAUGCCCAUGAACGUGGCUGACCUUAUCUAAGAAGCUGUUUCUCGCUGCCUUCCAACUACCGUCUCUCCUUGCCCACUAUCGUUUUGGUGGUGUAAUUGGGAUAGAGGCGGUGGUAAGCUAAUCUGAGCACGC